ACAAAAGUCCGUGGUUGACCGGAACACCUAAAAAAGAGGUCAGCCCGACCCCGAAGAUUCUCCCCCAAAAUCCUUGGCUCAAAAUCGCUCUCCCCUCCACCAAUGUCGUCCUCCUCCAAAGAACCCCAGCUCUCCAAUCCCCUCCUCGCCCAAUCCCAAAACCCAACCUACGGAAUCCCUAUCCAGGAACCACCUCAGACCUACAUCCUCCUCCCCUACCUCCGCCGACGCCGACUCUUCCCCUCCGACCCCGCCGUCUCCCUCUCCCGCCUCCACCUCCGCCAUCUCAGCGUCUCCUCCCACCCGAACCCUAAACUCGACAUCAACCUCGCCCUCACCGUCAAAAUCCGCAAUCGGGACUUCUUCUCUCUCGAUUACAACUCGAUCGUGGUCUCCAUCGGGUAUCGUGGGAGGAGGCUGGGGUUUGUGACGUCCGAUGGAGGGAAGAUUAGGGCAAGGGGGGUCUCGUACGUGGAUGCCGAGCUGGAUCUUGAUGGGAUUAGGGUCAUCAAAGACGCGUUUUAUUUGAUUGAGGAUAUUUUGAAGGGGUCUAUCCCGUUCGAGACUGUUACCGAGGUUGAUGGGAGGCUGCAUGUGCUGUUUUUCGAUAUUCCUGUUGAUGGGAGGAUUUCUUGCUCAGUGUAUGUAAAUCCAGACAACCAGACCGUUGUUCGUCAAGACUGCUAUCCUGAGUGAUGGUCGAUAUGUGUGUGGGUAGAGGAUCCCUUUAACUAUGGGCCAUGCAUGAUGUGGUUACUAGGGUAUUACUCUUUUGCCUCCCAUUAUGGUUAGCCAGCAGGCAUAACUAGACGUAUCUCUCGUAGCAUAUCUAUGAGUGAAUAUAUUGUAAACUGGCAAUGCUUAUCUAUGUGAGUAGUGAAUACAUGAUUGAGACCCUCCUAGACCCUUAGUUCUUUUAUCGAUAAUUCCUUCAAGCUUCAAAUGUGUUGUUUGUGUACAGCUACACACUUUUUACUGCCUUCUCCUGAAUGGGAUCGAUUAUUGUGAAUAUUUUUGCUUCGUACUAUCUGUCACUCUAAUGCAUGUAUUAUGUUAAUAGCCAACUCUGUCUUAUUUGUAUAUUGCUACAAUCUUGUGUGGAUCUAUAACUUAAAACGAA